AUGAACUACAGUGAAGCCAAGAGGCGUCUGAGCUGGGAUUGCUUCGACUGUCACAUCGGCCAGCAAUACGCAGAUGGGAUCAAAUGUCGGGUGUCUGGAGCGCGAAGAUCCCUUUUGAAUGUGGACGUAAAUCUCAAAUCGGAGCUGGACGCCAUCAAGACCUAUGUGAAAAUCUCCACCAGAUUCAAACCGGCCAUCGCCUACCGGAAGUUCUUCGACAUUACCUUCGAUGGAUGUCGGGUAAUAUCGGACAUGACGCAGGGAACCCUGGUAUCCAAUAUGUUCAAUGCCGUCGUAAAGUCCAGCAAUCAGCCUCGGAAAUGUCCCAUAAAACAGAGCCUAAUUUACUAUCGGAAUAUAAGUAUUGAGGAGGCAUUACCAGUGUUCGUACCCUCGACUGAUCUGAUGGUCCAAGUCGACUUCUUCUCUAAAAGAAAUUUAUAUUUGAAUGUGAGCUUAAGGGGAACCAUCACAGAGAAGUGAACAUGGCAUUUUGUUUUCACUCUAGACUCUAGACCACAUUAACGGAGCGUAAAUAAAGACAUCAGCCGAAGCUAAAUGUAGUCCAGCCAUGUGCCUGUUUAUAUUUAAGCCCAC